ACCAGACUUUUUCAAAAUCUGCUAAAUAUUCCAUGAAAUCCGCUAAAUAUAAAAGCUUUCUUUUUCUGCUUUCUCCAUUGGAAAGAGAAAGUAAAUUUACUGAAAUCAGCUGAUAGCAGAACAAAUAUAGUUGUUUUCAGAUAUUAACAAUGAAUGGUGGCAGUAUUGGAAUCCUUUGUAAAUCAUGCAAUAAAGUUACAAGCAUUAAACCAUGUUCAAUUCUGUCAAAGCAAAAUACAAAUGGCCUGAUUUAUAAACGUAGCAGUAUGGGCACUAAAAGAAAUAUCUCCACCAAUUACAGAGAUAAAAAGUUGCUUUUUAAACCUUUGAAAGAGCAGCAGCGUAGAACACUUAUGAUGCUGCUUAAUCCAGACGGAUCUAAAUUAAGAAUACAGGGUGAACUGUUUAAUAAUCCUGCUGCAGUAUCAGACAAAGCAAAUACUCGAGUAAAGGAACUUGAAGAAAUAUUAAAUAAUCUCAUGAUGGAAGAGAACACUCCCCCUGUAGCUGAUUCUCAUAACAUUAAAGAAACUACAGCUCAAGAUUCAAUAGAAACGUCAGCGCAAACCAUAGUUGCAGCUUCUGUAGAAUUCACUCCUGCUGAAACCAUAGUUGCAGCUCCUGUAGAAUUCGCUCCUGCGCAAACCAUAGUUGCAGCUCCUGUAGAAUUCACUCCUGCUGAAACUAAAUUUGCUGCUCCUGUUGAAACUUCAGAUCCUGUAGAGAACGUUGUAACUGUAGUGGAUGCUCCAGUAGAAACAUUAAUCACGAAAGAACCUAACGUAGAAGUUCUGAAAGAAGAUUUUGUUGAUACAGCUCGAGUUUUCCAGGAAGAAAAUCUUAAAUCCAUCGAGAUAAAAGCUACCGAGGUGUUAGAGGAUAAAGCAAAGAUACUGCUAACGGAUACAAUGGAAACCAUCUCAACCAAACCUAGAUCUAGUCAGGAUAAAGAGAAAGCAGUAAAGAACUCGGAGAACAUUGUUGUUUCUUCAAAAGGAAAUUUUUCAAUGCGGAUUACUCAAGCGGAGCCAGAUAUUUCAGAUGACAACGAGAAGGCUGAAUCUAGCUCCGACUCCAGUUCCAGCUCUGACUCCAGUUCUAGUUCUAGCUCUAGCUCCGAGGAUGAGAAAACACAGGGAGAAGGGAAAACUAAAAAAGAAAAGAAGCUGUUCUCUGCCAAGCAACGGGACGAAAAAGCCAGACUAGCAAAAACGUUCAAGACGACUAUUAAACCGUUGGAACUAAAUAUUUCGGCGGCCACUAAAAUGCCGGAUGAUCCUAUCCUGGAGGAACCGUUGAGAAGUUUCCGAAAAGAAAUUCAUGUUGAUGAAAUAGAAUCUAUAAACAGCGGUGGGGCAACCAUAUUAUAUCAAUGAAAGAAGUUGAUGUUAAUGUAGUUGCUAGUAUUCACAGUAGAAGAGGCAGAAUACAGGCCUGGGAGCAACAACAGCUGCCA